UGAUUUGUUCCAUCUGUACGGAAUUCAAUCUUGCAGUUUAUUUGCAAAGUAUCUCAUCAUAGUAUCAACAGCUUUGAUUUAAAUUUAUUGCUCAAAUAACAGUGUUGUGAAUAAAAACUAAAUAUAUAUUGUGAUUACAGCUUCACCUUUCGCCAUUCGUAAUCGGUAAAGACGUCGGAAAAAGUGUUUUAUAACGGAAAAGCCCAAUUCGAAAAUGGAAUCACAUGAGAAGGAGGUCAAGGCGGGUCCAGUCCGUGACACGAUGACCUUGACCUUGGAGACGAAAGCCGGAAACGGGGAAAAUGGCGUUCACGCUGGCAAGCCUCAAAUCAAAGAUCUGGACGAUCUGCUGCCAUACGUGGGGGGAUUUGGUUGGUACCAGCGUCUCCUGUUCCUCAUGAUGAUCCCGUAUUCAUUUUUCUUCGCAUUUGUGUACUUCGCACAGAUCUUCAUGACAGUUGUGCCGAGCGAGCAUUGGUGCUAUGUCGAGGAGCUAAACAAUUUGACUGUUGAGGAUAGACGCCACCUCUCAAUUCCACUAACAGAUACAUACGAACGCUGUCUCGUCUACGAUGUUAACUGGAAGAACAUUCUGGAGCAGGGUAUCAGCUCCCCUAACGUCACAUGGCCUGUGAAGAAGUGCGACAAGUGGGAGUUCAACUUUACGGAUAUUCCGUUCGAGACUAUUGCCACACAGUUGGGAUGGGUGUGCGACAGAGACAAUUAUCCGGCAACGGCUCAGUCCGUGUUCUUCGCGGGUGCCAUCGUCGGAGGCUUCAUCUUCGGGUGGACAGCUGAUAAAUAUGGAAGGAUACCAGCAUUAUUGGGCACAAAUAUGAUCGGCUUCACCGCGGGAGUGGGGACAGCCUUCACCAACAGCUUCUGGUCGUUCUGCCUCUGUCGGUUCUUGGUCGGCAUCGCUUAUGACAACUGCUUCAUCAUUAUGUACAUUAUCGUGGUGGAGUACGUAGGUCCAAAAUGGCGAACUUUUGUCGCGAACAUGUCCAUCGCCGUGUACUUCACAUUCGCCGCGUGUCUGCUGCCCUGGAUAGCUCUAGGUGUUGCCGAUUGGAAAAUUUAUACCCUUAUAACUAGCGUGCCUUUGGGGCUGUCCAUAUUGACGCCUUGGGUCGUCCCUGAGAGCGCCAGGUGGCUAAUUUCUCAGAAUCGCAUUGAAGAAGCCAUAAAAAUAAUGAAGCGAGUUGAAAGAAUAAACAAGAAGAAAAUACCGGAUGCUGUUAUAAAUGAAUUCAGAGAAACGGCGGCAGAAAUAGCGAGAACAGAGCAAGAAAUCAAAAAUUAUACGGUAGCUGACCUCUUGAAAACACCACGACUGCGUUUCCACAGCAUACUUCUCGUUCUCAUCUGGAUGUCCAUAGCUAUGGUCUUCGACGGCCAUGUCAGGAACGUAGGGUCUUUAGGGUUAGACAUGUUCGUCACAUUCACUGUUGCGACCGCUACGGAGUUUCCUGCCGAUGUCCUCCUCAUUUUGACCCUUGAUAUGAUUGGACGUCGGUGGAUGUCAUUUAGCUCGAUGGCAAUCAGUGGAAUCUUCAGUAUUUUAGCUACAACCGUACCCAUUGGAAUCCCGUCAGCCUCCUUGGCCAUCGUAGGCCGCUUCGCAGUCAACAUAUCAUUCAACAUCGGAAUGCAAUACGCGGCAGAACUAUUACCGACCGUAGUGAGAGCACAGGGGCUUGCUUUAAUUCAUAUUAUGGGCUACGUUGCUACAAUUUCAGUGCCAUAUAUUGUUUAUUUGUCAACAAUAAACACAAUGAUACCCCUCCUUAUUCUUGGCGCGUUGGGGAUAUUUGGCGGUUGUCUGUGCCUGUUCCUGCCAGAGUCUACGGGGAAGGACAUGCCACAGACUAUACAAGAUGGAGAAGCUUACGGCAAAGACCAGAGAUUUUGGAACACGCCUUGUAUUCAAAAGAAGAAGGAAAUUGCUGCUUAAGAUAAUGGAUCAGAAGUUAUUAAGUUGUUAUAACCUUGUUAUUAAUGUAUGUAAUUAUAUCGUUAAAAUAUGUUAAAAAAAUAAUAUAAAAUUAAUAUGGAAUGGAAUGUCUUCGAUCACAUUAUUAUUUGAUAUACAUAUAACAAUAAAUCUGUAAAA